CAUAUGCUUCAAUACAGAGGACUUGAUACUGCUGUGUAUAUUUAUGUCAUUUAUCUGCUUACAUGUCUAAAUGCAGACCAGUAUUAAUGAUCAUUUAUGAAUGGAAACUACUGAUGUUAAUGCAGACCAAAUUCAGUUGAAUGAAUCAGCAAACGUGCCUGACAUAACUGCAGUGACUAUUUCAUAUCUAUUAUGUAUUUUUGGUGGCUCUUUGUCAGUUCUCAUAAUGUUGGGAAACCUACUUGUAAUAAUCUCUAUUGUUUACUUCAAACAGCUCCACACUCCUACAAACUUCCUGAUGCUCUCUCUGGCUGUGGCUGACCUGCUAGUUGGACUUUUAGUUUUGCCUUUCAGUGUCGUGCUCUUUGUGAGGUCAUACUGGUCUGGUCAAGACUUGCUAUGUACUAUACGAGGCAGCAUAGACAUGAUACUGUGUAACUCCUCCAUUUUGAAUCUUUGCAUCAUUUCUGUUGACAGAUAUUAUGCAGUGUGUCAUCCUCUGACUUAUAGAGUUAAAAUUAAUAGCCGCAUUGUUUGGAUCAUGAUCCUGGUGUCCUGGACUGUUUCUGUCCUGAUUGGAGUUGGACUCGGACUCUCACAGAACCAAAACCAAUCGAACAAUAGGUGUACUUUAUCUCCAAAUAAGAAAAAAAGCUCAUUCAUCAUGGGUGCUAUUUUCACAUUUUUUAUUCCAGCCUUGAUGAUGUCUUCAAUCUACUUAAAGAUUUUGAUGGUGGCACAGAAACAGGCACGCAGCAUCCAGAAAACAACAAAGUCUGGUUCAACUGUCAGUAAAGUAGAGAGAAAGGCGACUAAAACUCUGGCUAUUGUGAUGGGGGUUUUUCUGAUGAGUUGGACGCCUUACUUUCUGUGCAUCAACUUAAAUCCUGUGAGCAACUACAUAAUACCACUUCAUGUACUACAAGCAUUCAAGUUACUCGGAUGGUCAAACUCAAUGUUCAAUCCAUGUGUUUAUGCUUUCUUUUACAGCUGGUUUCGAUCAGCUUUUAGGAUGAUCAUUACGGGGAAAAUAUUUCAAGACGACAUUUCUAACUGUAAACUGUCUUGAAUCAUUAUUUCUUUCCCACAAUUGACACGUGAACAUUCAAAUCUGGCACUAAGGAUCAACAUAUUAUUUCUUAGAUCUCUGUAUUUAGGUUGAAGCAUGUCGGUUUUUGCAAAACUUCUUGACCUCUACAUACUAUGAUCUUGAGGUUUUCUGUUUUUAACACUUUUAACACUGAUGGGUCCAUGUAUCUAUACACCUAAUAUUUCUAUAUAUUUAUGUAAUGUUAUUACUAUGUAUGUUGUUUUAUUUGGAUUCUGAAGAUACUGGAUUUACAACUCUUUAGUUCCUUUGAAUCAAUAUUCGACCUCCUGACAGGUCUUGAAACUAAUCAGGUCUUGCUCUAGUGAUUAAUAAAAUAUCUUUUGCAUACUGUAUCUGCUCUUCAUCUUGUAUAUGUAUGUAUAAAUCCUGUCCGUUCUCAUUGUCAACACAGUGAACAAAUCACUAUGUACUUGACCAGUACAUGUUACCCUGAUAUUGUGCCUCUGCUUCCAUAAACAUCAUGUGUGUCUCA